CUCGGCUUUUUUCUCUCUCAUCUCCCAAAUCAUCCUCUUUCUCCGAUCACCAUCACCACCAUCAUCUUACCGAUUUCAUCAUCACCACAGCCGGGAACCACCUCCCUCCCUCACCACAGCCGGCAACCACCUCCUCCCCAAACCGGCUGGUAGCCAUCCCUCAAAGUCACUGACGAUUGAGCUCUUCCUAUACCCAAAGUCGUCGGAUUUCUCUCUUCCCCUCCGAAGCGACCUUCGGCUUCUCUCUUCCUUCAGUUUCCUCUUUCUUUCUUCAUGCAGAUCCUCGAGCUCGCCCUCCUUUUCCCAUCACAGAGCGACCGACAGCCAUCUAAAAAGGCCGCCGGCGAUCACCUUCGUUCUUCUCCUUCCCCAAUUCCAUACCUUCUGAUCUCAUCAUCUCCAACUCCCUUCCAUGUCAAACGCACCUUCCGAGCUAUUUCUACAGUCCAGCAUCAUUGCGGCGACGAAUGAAAAGCAGAACAGGAGCAAUUGAAGCCGGAUCUAUUGGUUCGCGACAGCGGUGCUCUUCACGCGAGGAUGCAGUGAUUCGGGAAAUAUCAAUCGUCAUCCAACUGAAACAGAUCUGCAGACAAAUCUAUGCCAGCUACGGAUCACGAGUGGGUGACGACAGGAUGAAUUGGACGCAGAUUGAAGGCCCAAAUGCAUUGUUGCAGAUUUUUGUAAAAGGGUGAGGAUUGGAGAGGCCCAAUUUCCAUGUUGCAGAUUCUGGUAAAAGCAAGAAACAGAUUUGAAAAGUCCAAAAACCGUGGAUCCAAAAGGCUCGGAGAGUUACUUUCUGGAAUGUUCUUUUAGGGUUUUCUUUGCUUUUGAGCAGUAUAAAUAGAACUUUAGAUGAGGGUUUUUGGAGAGGUCUUUUUGGUUUUGAGUUGGGUAUUGAGAACGGCGGCAGAAAAGGAGAGGAAUUUUGCUAGAAGGUGUCGGUGAUUUGGGAGAAGAUUUGGGUCUACUUUGUAGGUAAUUUUUCUGAACAGAGGAGUUUUUUUCUGGGAACGGUGGUGAAGGGGACGAUGGGAGCCUGGUCUCGUGGGUGGGAUCUCUCCCAUCAGAUCUGGAUCUGCAUUUCCUAAAAGAAUUCUGCCGUGGGUGUUGCUUUGUUUGCUGAUUUCUCUUUUUGUAUUUUUCAUUUAGCCUUCAGUUUAAGAUUGUAUAGGUUAAGAUUGUAUAGGUUUUCUUGAGAAAUGAAUGAAAGAUCAUAGAUUUGCCUGUUUAUUUGGCUGAUGAGUCUGUUCAUCUUUUUGCUGGAAAUGAGAUGUAUUUAUGAUGUAUUUGCUACAUUCAUUGUUUGCAUGUUUGAUCUGUUUUUUUGGUUAUUUUAUAUUCGGGUUGUGUUUUUUUCGUUUCGGGUCAAUCAAACCCGAUCUAGUAA